AUUAGAUCCGAACCGAAACCGAACCGAUAUUUUAGAUUUACCCUAUUGGGUCCUAAACUCCUCUACCCGAAAGAUCCGUACCCGAUCGGGUUUUACCCGAACCCGACCCGCAUACCCGAAUGCCCAGCCCUUCGCUUCACUGCUUCUACUUUCUAAGCUCUAGCGAAACCCUAAAAUUCAUGAAAAACUUAGCAUUCAAUUUCAGGCGUGAGCGGAGAAGAGAUGAUUGAAGUUGCUGCUAUAUUUGUAGGCGUUGGCUUCCUGUUCAACUUUUGCGGCCGCAGCAAUAAAACGAACGCUGAGUUUCUAGAUAAAGCUACUAUGGUGGACGAGCUUAAAGGGUUGGGGGAAUUUCUUGAAACUAAGCCAUUAAACAACACUGUUGUGGUGUUUGGAACUGUUGGAUCAACCUCAACCGUAGAGACCAUGUGUAAAAGCGCUUUGGGUGUUUUUGUCGAGGAAACGGCCACAGUUACUUAUGAUAGGAGGAAUUGUGUUGGUUUAAUACGGGAACAUGAGAGUACUUUGGUGAACCGUAAGGAGGUUUCUUGGUAUUUGGAGGAUGGUACUGCUCGGGUUAAUGUAACGAAUUACCAACAUGCCAAAGGAUUUGAUGAUAUUUUACGUACGUAUUCCUCUACUGUUCCUGUGAGUAAGCACUUCAAAAGAUUGCUUUCUGUGGAAGAAAUCACGAUUUGUGAUCCUGACAGUUGUGAGUCUUGGGAGGAUGUUCUUGAGAUUGGUACGCCUUUGACUAUUGUUGGUGGGGCUGGCAGAGACAAAGAUGGGAAUAUUACGAUCCGACAUGUCUAUCAAGUCUUCAAUAAACGUAUAGAACUUAAGAAACUGAUUUCUAAUAUGGAAUCGAAAUCAGUGAAUUAUGGGAAUUUCUCCAUAUAUUUUGCAGCUAUGGGUAUGGUUUUACUCGCCUUGAGCCUUCUGCAAGAUGACGACUAAGCUUAUGUUAGUGCUUUCAGUUUAAAUUUUGCCUUUGGAUUGACGUCUGGUAACCUCUGCUUUUUAGUUCAUAUGUUAGUCACUGACUUUAUAUAUUAUGUGCUUUAUAGGUUUAUAUAUAUGGUUAGUUCCUGUGUGAAACAAUCAUGUGUUUAGUUCAACGGGAAUGUAACAUCUCUUAAAUAAACCUUGGAAAUGAAACUAAGCAGUAGGCAGAAACGAAA